AGGUAUGUCGCGGUAAAAGACCUACUGGGGGCGCUGUUGCACAAUGUACGUGCAUCGCUUCCGCAAGAUAAACUAGCUGACAUGCAGUUGAAAUUUCUGGCUUGGAAUACGAUACGUGUUCAGGGUGCUCGCGAAAUAGCCGGGAGGAGUUCGUCAAUAUACACGUGGCAAAAGUCAUUGCCCUGUGAACACACUGGGAAUCCUCAAAGUCAACGAGGUUCUUCUCACUCAGUGUUGACCAGAAAAUCACAACACAUAGCGGCCUCGGGAUACAACAGCGAAUUCGAGUGGUGGGGGUAUAUCGGUGCGGCUCAAAGCGACAUAUUACUGACCGAACUCGAUAAGCUGGCCUACAAGACUAGCAUGCUCGUCCUCGAACCAAACGAAUCCUGAAAGUGUGCUACAGAAACGUUCUGAAGUGCAGUCGAGAUGAUUAGUAUUGUACUUCAUGACUGGCCAUCACUGGACACAUCGAGCCUUGUGCGAUGCACUCGAUAUCGGUUGCAAAGUGUACAUAAAGUGGCUCGAUAAUUGACUCUUAUGUACGUCUCCGUUAUAGUAUCAUUAUCCUGUCACAUUUCUAUUUUUGCUUUUCUCUCUCCCAUACCAACACCCUCG